AUUCGAAGAAGCGGCGUCGACACCGAUUGAUAAAUGUGCAUCUGCCACCCGUAACCAUCAAAUGAUCCGCCUUACCCACUGAUCUCUUCUUUCACACAUUCGCUCACACACCACAAUACAAAUUCCUCACUCAUUCACUCUCCAUUCCUCAUUGACGCAAAAAAACAGCCAAAAACGCCUUCAGAGAAGCCAUGGAUUACUGAGUUAGAAUCUGAAAUUUCCAGUUUUAAAAAAAAAGAAAAAAAAAAGAAGAAGAAGUAAAGUUAGGUCGAUUUUCCUUUUCAAAAGGCUGUGGAGAAGUUGCAUCUGUUUCUGCUUGAUUCUAGAGAAUUUUUUUAUUAUUUCUGGGUUUUUGGCAAGCCGAUUUGGUCUUCAAUCCUGCUGAUAGCUGUUGGAAUCGUUGCUGAGCUCUAGUCGAGGCUAUUUCUGACCUUUAUUUGGUCUGUUCCCUAGUGUUUUCUCGGCUUUGAACUGGAAAAUCUUCAGCCAAAUUAACACUUGGCCCGCGGCUGCCAACAACUGCCCGCCGUUUCUGUCUCCGGCCAACUCCAGUUUCUUUAGGUAAAUUGGAGAUAUGGAAAAUAUAGUUAAAAAGUAUCAGCAGAGAUUCAGGAAGGUGAAGGAAGAGAUGGACACGUGGAAUGAUCUUCAAUCUCGACUGCUUUCUCAGUUCACCAAUGCUUCUUCCAUCAUUCAGCGGUUACAGAUUCUUCAAGAUUCUAAGAAUUAUGGUGCCCUGAGAUGUGUUGAAGGCAUUGAAGAAGCUGUUUUGCUUAAGCAAAUGGAUUCUCUUCAAACUAUCUUGCUUUCUAUGAAUCAAACUAUGGAAAAAUUUCGCUCUGUCGUGUUAUCGCUUGAGAAGAUGGUUCGUGAUGGUAGACAGCUCAUAAAAGGGGGAUCCACCCAAGUAACUGUGAAACAGCUGCAGCAACGCGUUGGAGUAAAACCAAGCAUUGCUGAUUGCUUGGACGGGCUAAAACUUCUCUGUGAGAUGCACCAAUCAGAGUACCAUCUUAAAUUAUCGGUCAUAUCAGCAGUUGCUUUAAAACCCAGUGCACCUGAUGAUUUAGGCGCGCUUCAGCAACUGUUGGUUGAUCAACCUAACAUCCCCAAAGAGGAAGUACAAUUCAUUUUUGAUAUCAUAUUCGCUGAAGAGAUGGCUUGAUGUCCUUCUCGCAUGGAUUUUUGGACCCAUGAAGUGAUUUCUGAACUGGUGAAAUCUGUUUUAAGUUCAGACUGAAGAAAUUGAGGCUUUUCCCUGACCAAAGAGAACACAGUCGUCGAUAUUGGAAGGGGUUGGAACCUGGAAAUGGAAGAGAUUCUUAAUAUAGAUAUCACUGUAAACUUUAGCUGCUUUGUAUAUUUAUUUCAUUUAUUUACAUUUUCUAUAAACAACUUUUUGUUCUAUUGGUCCUUAGUUGGUAACAUAGUUGUGAUCAAAUAUGAAACAUCUUAACUAGUGAUCUUUUUGGCAAGGGUAUCCAAAUUCUGAUUGUUGAGAUUAAAGAAAUAACAUAGAUCCCUGUCCUUUUGAAAA